CACCGGCACAGCUUCUGUUGCUUCUAUCUGCUGCAGUGAAGACAGAGACACGUCUGCUGAUGACAGACGUUUGUGAGGAGACACCGGCGAUGGAUGAAGAUCAGGUGAACAGUGUGAUCCAGAGAUGGAGAGACACUCCCGAAGAGGACUUGAAGCCAGAAGACUACGAGCAGUUCAGGAGUUUGGGAUCUGCAUGUCUAGCUGAGAAUGGCGCUGCACGUAUCCUGAGAUUUAUCGAGGACGAGAAAAACCAGCAGCUCAUGGUGUCUAUGGGUCACACUCUCGUUGCUCCUCUUGUGAAUGAGGUCGUUAAAAAAGAGAAGUGUCCAGAUCACUGCCAGGCUGCACUCACACAUCUGACCACAAUUUGCAGACCUGAUGAGCUUCUGCAUAGUUUGCUUCAAAUAAUCCAGGAUGUUCACCCUACAGUCAUUUCUGAGACCAUCAUCACUGUUGUUCCACUUUUUCAAACAGUGCUGCUGGAGCUGGAGGAGCGGAGAGCAGCCAGUGUGGGUCUGGUUCUGUCUGCUCUGCUGGACCAGCUGGUCCGGCUGCCUGUGCCUCACACAGAGCAGCAGGAGGUGGACGAUGAGUUCGGCCUGUGUCACUGCUGUGAGGUGUUGGCUCAGUUUGUCAAGUGUUUGACGGAGGAAGUGAAGAGGAAAGACGACGACGACGAAGAGAUGAGGACCGAGCUUCUCCAGUUCUGUUUGAGGACUUUGAGGGAACUUUUGUUGGAGGCUGAGCUGAAGCAAGACAGGAAAGUGUCGCCGCUGUGGCUCUUUGCAACAGAGAUAAUGGCCACGCUCGUUGUAGUCAAAGCAUCUGCGUCAGAGCUGCUGUUCUACGGCUCUCUGAGGAAAAGCCAGUGCAGGGAAUCCAGAGCAUGUCUGGCUUAUCUGCUGUUUGUCCAGCUCAUCACCGCGGACAGUUUUCCUGCAGUGUUCAGUCCUGUGUUUGUUCUGCAGUGCAACAUGGAAUACAUCAGUCAACUUCUCAGCAGCAAAAAGGAAUCGCACUUGCUCAAAGGACUGGCGUUGUUCGCAAAAAGCUUGGAGAAUGUGCAGGACAACAGGCUUCCAGUGAGCCUGCUGGAACUGCCCACUUUUUACAGUGCACCACAGAACCUGCGACAGAUACUCACUGACUGUCCAAUGCAACACUUGAGAAAAUCGGGGCUGCAUGUUUUUCAGCUCUUCAUUGAUAAACUGGACGUUGAGGCAAAGCACAAGUUUUUCAGGUGUAUGUUAAAAACCAGCAGCCACGCAGGAGUAGAAGGUUACAUCGUGAAGAACAUCAGGAACCAGGUUGAAUUCUCCAUGGAACCUGCUAACGGCAAUAAAUGGUUCCUGGGAGAAGAGUUUCUGUCGUUGUUGGCUUUGGUGCUGUGUGUGCCACAAGCUGCAGAGACAGAUCUGCUCAACAGUAUGGACAGGAUAAUGGAGAGUUUGAAUCUUCUACGCUACCUCCUCAUUAGAGACAAAGAACCAUGGAGCAAAACAGGUGUGUGGGCUGAGCUGUGCAGGAUCAAAGAUGAAUACCUGAAAACGCUGCGUGUGUGUAUCGGCCUGUCCAGAGGAUAUUAUUCUGCUGAGCUCAACGCACUGAGGGAAGAUCAAAAACUCAAAGCUAGAGAAGCCAGAGACGCUGCCAGAUGUGGGACAUUAGUCAGUCGCAUGACAGUGAAGCAUGAGAAAGUGUCCAACAUGUCCCCAGAGGCUCAGCGUCAGGUGUUGCAGAGCGCUCUGGUGACAUUUGACCUGAUGGAGAGUCUCAUUUUUCGCAUUGACGAGAUCACAGCAGAAAACCUGAAGAUUCAAACGUAAUUCCAGACCUCUCUGUGUUCAGUGAAGAUGAACUGUCCACAUCAGCCAGAUUAUGUUUUCAUAUAUAGCUGCA